AUGGACUUGAACAACAUCUACCAGCGAUUUUCAGGUAGUCGCCUCCGCAAGCGGUGUUUUGGCAGCAAUAACCUCUGCAAGCGAUGUUCCAGGAUCAAUCUCGACAAACUGGCAUGUUUCUACGGGGAACCUAGAGAAAAAACCAUCUGCAAGAUCGACGAGACUACAGAUGACUCUUGGAUAUCCCCAUUUUGUCCUCUGUGCCAGCUAUUCGAAUCCAUCGCAGAUCCUCUUAGUUCAAGUCCAAAAGAGCUGAAUAAUGAGCGCAGUAUCAUCCUUCGCAAUCCGAAAUUCAUUGGUAACAUAACUGGAAACACGGGAAGCCAGGCUUCACUUCUUGCUCUCAAGAGAAUGCAAAGGGUUAACGGGUACUCCACUUACUACCCUGUCACCGACCAAAGCCUUUCUGUACAAUCUGGUCCAACCUGGCCCAUCAAGAUCCUGAAUCCUCAGAUGAUUGACUUUGACACCAUUCGGGGGUGGCUGUCAUGCUGCCUAAGUAAUCACGAGCAGCCAUGCAGUCUUACAAGUUACCCCAAAGUUGAUGGCUUACGGUUGAUUGAUGUUCGAACUGGGAAGUUAGAGCCUGCACAAAGUUCAACUCGCUACGUCGCCCUUAGCUACGUAUGGGGAAAGCCAAAGAAGGAUGUAGGACCUUCUCCUCCCCCUUCAAAAUGCGAGACCAAGGCAUCACAGGAGGACUCAAAUGUUCUCCCACAUGACAUUCCCGAAACUGUCGAGGAUGCCAUGAUAGUUACGGCGGCACUGGGCUUUCGGUUUCUUUGGGUCGACCGGUACUGUGUUCCACAGGCCGAGAUUAAUGCUGAGGACAGACAUUGCCAGAUAAAGCAAAUGGACAAGAUAUACAGUGGUGCUGAUCUUACAAUCAUCGCGGCUGCAGGAGAAGGGCCUCAAUAUGGAUUACCAGGAGUGAAGAAAACGCCAAGGAAACGCCAAAGACAUGCUCAGGAGCGAGUUCCUGUUACGGUUUCAAUUGGCCAUACAGAUGGAAGUUUCAAGAUCCUUGAAGAUACGUUCCAUCAGAGCAUUAAACCCAACACGCUACAGGAUCUUUCAAAGACCUUACGACUCAGAGCCAAGGCUAUCAUUUUGAGGACAAAGAUAUUGUGCGCCAAAUCUUCCGACUAUGGAAAGCAGAUGAGGGAACUAGUGCUAUUUGCCUGGCCUUUGCAUCAAGACGAAACAUAUGGGGAUGUGCAGUAUAUGAUCCCUGUCCAGCUCAUCUUGCCCUUGGACGCGCGAUCAGUAGCGUUGUGGACUAAACAGCCUCCCCAGCUGCACGGCGUCUUUAUGGAGCGUGAUGAAGAUGAAACAGUACCAGACCGCCUAUUUGUUCUCAUUUUUGCAGAAGUUGAGGGAAGCAAGUUUGAAAGAGUAGGACACUUGGAACUUGAGAAAGGUUUCGGUAUUAGUGCAGAUAUAAGGGGACCCAGGUCAGUGUCAACAGGUCGACGCCACAAGCUUGGUACUGAGGACUGUGUCUUGAGGCGUAAAAAAUGGGAGACCGAGAGCGAGAUACGUGAAAUCGAUAUUAUUUAG